CCAGGAAGUCAUAGAAGAGCUAGUUUAGCAUCACAAUCACAUACAACUAAUCUUGUUUCGAGACGAAACGAAAAUUUAAAGAAUACAUCACAUCUUUGUUUGCCUAGAUCUGAAGUCGCAAUUUUACAGCCUGUAAUGUCAAAAUCAAUCGAUAACGAAUCAUUAUGUUCAAUAACUUUUCGUGAAGAUUCAAUUAUAACCACUUGCAGAAAAGGUCAUAUAAGAUUAUGGUCAAGACCUCAAUUAGAUGAAAAGAGCGAACAAAUUUAA